UGGAGCCGCCGGCGGCCGCCGCUCGCCAGGUAGAAACAGAUGACCAAAUUGCCCUCCUCAGUAAGCCCAAGAAUAAAGGAGGAAACAGUGAUCUGGCAUCAGCUGGGUUUAAUAUUAUUAAUUCAAUCAUAGGAUCAGGCAUUAUAGGAUUGCCAUAUUCGAUGAAGGAAGCUGGUUUUCCUCUAGGAGUACUGCUUUUGUUUGUGGUUGCCUAUAUUACAGAUUACUCCAUUAUAUUACUGAUCAAAGGAGGAAAUCUGUCCAGUACCAAAACCUAUCAAGAGCUGGUCAAAAAGACAUAUGGUCUUGUAGGUUAUCUAAUCCUUUCAACUCUCCAGUUCUUAUAUCCAUUUAUUGCUAUGAUCAGUUACAACAUAAUAACAGGAGACACUUUAACUAAAGUAUUUCAGAGAAUUCCUGGAGUUGGGCUGGAUAACGUGCUUAUCGACCGUCACUUCAUAAUUCUUCUUACCACCAUCAUCUUUACCUUACCUAUAUCUUUAUAUCGAGACAUAGCAAAAUUGGGAAAGAUAUCUCUUCUUUCUCUGAUUCUAACCAUUGUCAUCCUGAUUAUUGUAAUGGUGAGAACAGUAACCUUCAGUCCACAAGUACCCAAAUCAGAAAAUGCAUGGAUAUUUGCAAAAUCAAAUGCAGUACAAGCCAUUGGGGUGAUGUCAUUCGCAUUCAUCUGCCAUCAUAACAGCUUUUUAAUAUACGGGUCUCUGGAAGAACCCACAUUAAAGAAUUGGUCUCAAGUCACACAUAUGUCUGUGGCCCUUGCUCUUGUCAUCAGUGUAGUGUUCGCUGCCUGUGGAUAUAUGACUUUUACAGGAUACACAGAAGGAGAUAUAUUUGAAAACUACUGUAGAGAUGACAACCUUGCUACAUUUGGAAGGUUUUGUUAUGGAGUUACUGUAAUCCUGACCUUCCCCCUUGAAUGUUUUGUGACCAGAGAGGUGAUUGCCAAUGUGUUUUUCCAUGGGGACCUCUCAACAGUUUUCCAUGUUUUUGUGACAGUAGUUAUCAUUGCUGUGGCGACUGGUGUAUCAUUAGUGUAUGAUUGCCUUGGAAUAGUUUUAGAGCUGAAUGGAGUUCUGAGUGCUACCCCACUUGUUUUUAUCAUCCCAUCAGCGUGUUACCUAAGGCUGUCCAAGGAGCGGUGGAACCAUUCAGAUAACCUCAUAUCCGGUCUGAUUCUUGUUCUUGGUGUGCUAGUGAUGGCAGUUGGGUUUGUCAUGACUGUCUUAUAUCCCCAGGAAUGUAGCCAUGGAAAAGAAAUGUUCUACUGCUCCCCUAGUAAUGUUUCUUCGCAGAACAGCACACUUCCACCGUAGGUAGCACACCAACCUCCAGACUAGAUCAGGCACAUCUCAUAGUGAACCAUACGUGCCAGUUUAAAGGAGAGUGGAACAAAGAUUUUUCCUGUUUUGAGAUGCACUAAGAAUUUUAAACUGUAUAACUUGUAUUUACAUACUUGAUUUUAUGCUGCCAUCCCUUUUCAGGUAAGACUUCAGUUUUAACUGUUGAAACACAAAAGGUGCCUUUAAGUAGACAUUACUUGAAUAACUUGCAAGCCUACCAAAAAGGUUGCAUUUUUUAGACUUUGUCUGCAAUACUGUUUAAAAGCUAUAAAUUAAAUGUCUUGGAAUAUAAACCUUUCCCAUGUUUCAUUGAUUUAACUUGGCUUUUAUUAAUUUUAUAAUCUUUCAUUAUAUUUAUUAGCACACUAUAGUAUGAGGUUUUUUCAAGUCUUGAGAAAAAGUAUGUCUGGAUCUCUGUGUAUUACAAUUCUGCUAUUAAAUCAAAAGACCCUUAUUAAUUUUUUGAUUUUGCAGUAGUUGUCCUUUAGAGCUGGAAGCUUCCCUUUCGCUGGAUCUUGAGUCAAAUGAAAUUUUGUAUUCUGACUGCAUUGUAACUGAUACAAUUAAUUGUAACUGUUACAAUAUAUGGUCUUGUAAUUGAAAGAUAUUGCACUAAUAAAUCCACAAGAGUGGAUUUUAAAAGAUUCAACUAGGCAGUCUUUGUAAAAGUUUCAAGAUUGACAAAGAAGGAAAUUA